AGCAAGCUCACUCGGCUGUUGGCUCUCAGAGGUGGAAAAAAGCCCUUGUUGUGGAACGUAAGAAAGACGCUUCGAAGCCCGGAAAAGGACGCCCGACACCGGCACAAACACUCAACGAAUCUCAUUUCCAUUGGUUUCGCGUCCCAUUCUUUCGCCGAAGAUGGCCUGUGGGGCUACGCUAAAGCGCUCGAUGGAGUUCGAGGCCCUCCUGAGUCCCCAAUCUCCCAAGCGGAGACGGUGCAACCCCCUACCGGGGACUCCCGGCACUCCGUCCCCGCAAAGAUGCAACAACCUGCGCGCCGCCGUCGACGGCUCGACGCUCUCCAUGUCGCCGCAGAGUGUGGCGGGCGAGAACAGACUCACACCAGAGCAAAUCUUUCAAAACCUGCGCCAAGAGUACAGCAGGAUCCAGAGGAGGCGGCAGUUGGAGGGGGCCUUCAACCAAACUGAGAACUGCGGACCCUCUGAUGUCGCCAGCCCAUCUACAUCCUUGCACGCCCCCAGCUCCCCGCCAGGCGCCUCAAGACGGGACCAGCCUUCGUUCACGCUGAAGCAGGUGAGCUACCUGUGCGAGCGUCUGCUCAAAGACCACGAGGAGAAGAUCCGCGAGGAGUACGAACACAUCCUCAACAUCAAACUCUCAGAACAAUAUGAAUCAUUUGUGAAAUUCACACAAGAUCAGAUCAUGCGAAGAUACGGUGCCCGGCCUGCUAGUUACGUCUCCUGAACGCACCACCUUGGGAUUCCAGUUUCUCCCCUCACACACUACUACUACUACUGCUUGAUUUGUCAUUUUUAUCCCCACAUUCUGCACGCCCACACAUACACACAGUGCCAUGGUUAUCCGCUUUUUUAUCCAAAACUGUCGCUGACGGCCAAAAAUGUGCGGAAAUCUCAAGAGACAACCUUCGUCACGGCACCCCAACCUUUUAUUUUUCUUUCAGCUUUCCUGUCUUUCACUCGCUCUGAAAAUACGGACUGAAACCGAUCCCUCACGUGUCCAUUCUCUGGCCUGGCGCUGUCAAUGACAAAAGCUUCUUUGCUCAUGUGAUGGAAGCUUUUUGGAUUGAACAGCUGUAUUUAACGCCUCAUGUCCUCCCUUCUCGCUCACCCGUUCUCUCUAAAAUGAGAAUGUGCUCUAUUUUUUUUCCCCUCCGCCUCUUUGAAGAAAUAAAAAGUCCAGUGAUUUAAAA